UGAAUCUUGUGUCAAAACACGGAGCCAAGCGGCGGCAGCAGCAGCAGCAUCGCAGGACCUCCUCUCUGUGUGCCAGAAGAUAUUUGUCUAUACAGACAGUUUUUUUCUUAGUUACGUACGCGUACCAUGACCGAACAAUCAGCAUUACUUCUUCGAAAACAAUUGGCAGAGCUCAACAAAAACCCAGUAGAGGGCUUUUCAGCUGGAUUGAUAGACGAUGAUGACAUAUACAAGUGGGAGGUUGUGAUCAUCGGUCCACAAGAUACUCUGUUUGAAGGGGGGUUUUUCAAAGCAUACCUAACCUUUCCCUAUGAUUACCCACUGCGACCACCUAAGAUGAAGUUCAUCACAGAGAUCUGGCAUCCCAAUGUUGCCAAGAAUGGUGAUGUUUGCAUCUCGAUUUUGCACGAGCCAGGAGAAGAUAAGUUUGGUUAUGAAAAGCCAGAGGAGCGCUGGCUUCCCAUCCACACAGUAGAGACAAUCAUGAUAAGUGUUAUCUCCAUGUUGGCAGACCCCAACAGUGAUUCACCAGCUAAUGUUGAUGCUGCGAAAGAGUGGAGGGAGGACCCCAAUGGGGAGUUCAAGAAGAAGGUUGCUCGUUGUGUAAGAAAAAGUCAAGAGAUGGCAUUCGAUUAGGAGCCAGCUGUAAAUUCUAGGUUAAAGGAAAUUCCUUCAGAGGGAAAACUUCAGCGAAAGGCUUUUGCACCUCUUGUUUUGCCAGUCAAAGGUUGGUUGGCCCCAACCCUAUUUUCUGUGAAUGGUCUGCCAGAUGAGCCAAUUUGGAAAAACCCUACCAGCGAAAUCUCCUGUUUCCUACCUGGAAGUGUAUAUUUAAUUUUAUUUAUUUUGAAAAUUAACAGUGUAAGAUAUGUCACUACUGUAAAUUAACUUGCUUUUUUAUCUGCUGCUGAACACUUUCUACUUUCUACCAGGUUUCUUAUGCAAUGUAGUGGUCAAGAUUGUGAAAAAACAAAAGCUCGUUGUCGUUAGGUCACCAUGUGUCCUCCCUGCUGUGUACUAACCAGACCGUCAGCCCAACUAAUUGCUCAUUUGAUACCAUUUUCGUCAGUGAAUCACCGUUGCCUUCUGUUGGCUUCAUGUCUCCACACCUCGCUAUGUAAAAACUGAUGGGUUGAGAACCUUUAAUGCAAUUUAAGAGGUUUUGGUUUCAUUAUUAUUCUGCAUAAAUGCCUCUUGUUUCAUUUUCUUGUCACGCCAGUGUCUGAAAUGUUAACCCCAAGGAGCUCUAAAAUCUAGGAUUUGAGCCUUUGAAUACACCAACAAGACUAUUCUAAAUUUGUUUUGGGUGAUACAUUGCAAAUUCAACAGUAGCAGAUUUUUUGUGCCAAUUUUAGGUUCAAACUUCCUAAAAGUCUUGAUCAGCCAUGAGUGAGACAAAUGUAAAAUUCCAUGUUUUUCCCUGAACUUGUCUUCCUCCUGUGGACAUGGAAACCUGGAUGUCGUCAGGAAAUAUUCCAGCCCGUUUCUGCCGGUAAACCAACAUGUUUCAAUCUUUUUACCAACAACACGUUGAGGGGAAAAACUGGAAAGAUUUAGAGGCUCAAUUGCAAAGUCAGGCACUAUGUAUCACAUUUGGCUUGAAUGAAUGUAUGUGACUAAAAUAAUCCUUACUUUGGCAUUUAAACACUUGAUGGCUUAAAUUACGCCCCUUUUCCUUCUGACUCAUGCCAAAAUAAAGCUCAUUAAUCCCCAUUGUAUCACUAAACGGCUCAUUUUAAAGUAUAAAUGCGUGUUCUGUUGAAAAUUAAAGACAAAUCUAAACUAUAUUUUGAGAAAUUAUUAAACGCCUUGUUCGGGUUGUAUUCGCUUUUACUAAAGGUGUUGCUGACUAUUAAGCCAUGUUGACCUCCAAUAUCAAAUGUAUGUUACAUGUUAAGCUGUGACCAACAGUAAAAGUAGCAAACCCCAUCUUUCGGCGCAUACAAUCAGGUUUGCAGGCGCGAGGUAUGUUUUGAGUAGGACGUUGUCGUUGGUAGAUUCCGGGUGAAUGCGAUGUGUACCGUUGUUGCAUUCGUGUGGAUCACAUAACUGCUGUUGACAUAACCUUUUUCAGUCUGAAUUUUCUAACCCACCAUAACCUCCUCUGACCGGUGUUCACUGUAUUUGCACAGAUUCGGUGCGUUUAAAAAUGUCAUGAAGCAAUAUGCUCUGAAAACGCUGUGCGCAGGUGAUUCAUCCCAGCGACACCAUCCAUCUGUUGUAGGUUUUGUUUUUGUUUGUUUUUCCCGUUUGUGUCAAUGCAAUGUAUAUUGGACAUGAUGCUCAAUAAAUUGUGUAAAGAGA